AUGACUGAGUCAAUGCACGCCGUGGAACCGACGCCUGAGGCGGCGGAGCUCCCGGCGCCUGAUCCCUUGUUUGAUGAAUUCUCCGCCGAAUUCGGAUCCCUCCCCCUCCUGUCCAUGGACUCUCUCUUCAACUCUGACGCGCUUCCAUUCGCCUCAGAUCUUGAUUUUGGCAUGGAUUUUGAUGAUAAUAAUGGAGAAUUCGAAAUCACCUUCGACGAUCUCGACGACAUCUGCAUCCCCUCAGACACUGAGGAUUUCCUUCUCCCUGACGCAUGUAACCCCAACAGCACCUCUGUUUUGCCGCCAAUUGAGGAAUCUUCCCCGAAGAAUUUCGAUUCUCCGCGUUCUGACGCAUCUGUCGUUUCUGGAGAUCGGAGCUCCGGCGUUUCUAGGUUUUUCAAUUCGCAAGCGUCCGAGUCAAUUUCUGAGGGUAGUUCGAGCAAAGAGGGUUCGCAUGAUGCGGUUGAUGUUAGGGUUUCAAACACUCCAUCGCCGGAGUCUGAAUUUUGCGACCGGGAGGAGUCGUCUCAUGGACCGGUUUCGUCUCAGGGUUCAGGAAACGGUGGAUCGGGUGUAUAUGAGACCAUGAACUCGCCCUCACCUGAUUCUGGAUCUUCCGAGAGGGACAUAACAUGGUCUCGUGCACAUGCAGGUAUGGAUAAGGGUGUGAAAUUGGAGGAAAUUCCUGGGUGUGAUCUGAAGAGGAAGAAAGAGAGAUGUGAAGGAAAUGCUACCAAGCACAGACGGUUCUCGUCCUCCUCUGUGGAGAAUAAGAUCGAGAAACAGUCUCCAUCUGAUGUGAAUGCAAUUGAUGAUGAUGAUGAAAAAAGGAAGGCACGGUUAAUGAGGAAUAGGGAAAGUGCUCAGCUUUCUAGGCAGAGGAAGAAGCAUUAUGUGGAGGAGCUUGAGGAGAAAGUGAGAUCAAUGAAUUCCAUCAUUGCUGAUCUGAGUAGUAAGAUUUCAUAUAUGGUGGCUGAGAAUGCUACACUUAGACAGCAAGUGGGAGCUGGUGUGAUGUGUGCUCCUCCACCACCUGCUCCUGGGAUGUAUCCUCAUCCUCCAAUGCCUCCCAUUCCUUAUCCGUGGAUGCCUUGUGCUCCCUAUGUUGUCAAGCCUCAAGGAUCUCAGGUUCCUUUAGUACCCAUUCCUAGGUUGAAGCCUCAGCAACCUGCUUCAGCCGCCAAGGGUAAAAAGUCUGAGAGUAAGAAGAGUGAGGGAAAAACUAAGAAGGUUGCUAGUAUUAGUUUCUUGGGUUUGUUUUUCUUUAUCAUGCUUUUUGGUGGGCUUGUUCCUCUAGUGGAUUUUAAGUUUGGGAGUUUAGUGGACAAUGUUCCUGGUACUGGUAUGUCUAGCUAUGUUAGUGAUAGGGUGUAUGGUCAUGGUGGAGGGAAGGUUUGGUCUGUGAAUGGUCCUAGGAAUGGAUCUGAAAGAGAUGAGGAAGUAGGGUUUUCUAAUGAGAGGUUUCGUGUUAAAGACAGAAUGAAUUACGAGACGGGCCGGCAAUUAGGAGAAGAGAAGGGUGAACGGCAGGGCCCUGAUGAUUUUGGUCGCCAAGGAAAUGCCAGCGAGCCUCUUGUUGCUUCAUUGUAUGUUCCUAGGAAUGAUAAGAUGGUGAAGAUUGAUGGGAACUUGAUUAUCCAUUCCAUUAUGGCCAGUGAGAAAGCUAUGGCAUCUCAAACUGCCGAGGCAAAGAAGGAGAAGAAAGAAACAGGUUUGGCCAUUCCUAAGGAUUGGGAUUCUGCGUUGGCUAUUCCUGAAGUUGCAAGAAAAAGAGGUCAACAUCCACAUGUCUAUAGGGUUCCUUCUGAACAAAGGAAAGCUCUUGGCUCUGGUUCAACCAAAGCUUUGAAGGACCAUAUGAAGUCCUCUGCAACUGAUGGUAAAAUGCAACAGUGGUUCCGUGAAGGCCUUGCAGGACCAAUGUUAAGCUCUGGCAUGUGCACUGAAGUUUUCCAGUUUGAUGUCUCUCCGAGUCCUGGAGCUAUAGUUCCUGCAACAUCAGUAGCCAAUGUCUCUAAGGAAAAGCGUCAGAAUGCUACCUCCGUCAAAAAGACGGGGAAUAGAAGAACCCUUCAUGGGUUUCCCGAUUCUCUUACUGGAUCUAAUGUGAACAUAACUGAAGAACAUGUAAAAAACUUGCAGAAAGACCUCCUCCGUGGUAAUGAAUCUUCAAUGGUCGUUUCAGUCCUUGUUGAUCCCAAAGAGGCUGGUGAUGAUGUUGAUGUUGAUGGCAUGAUGAGACCAAAGUCACUCUCUCGGAUUUUCGUGGUUGUGCUAAUUGAUAGUGUGAAGUAUGUCACUUACUCAUGCGGUCUGCCUCGUGCUUCUCCCCAUUUAGUAACUUCUUAUGUAUGA